AAAAAAUAAAAAUAAAAAAAAAAACAGUAAAUCCAAGGUAUUUUCCAUAAACCUUCGACGCAGUUCUUAUGUGCAUAGAUGCUGAUAGCGUAAUCUGCCGCGUUUGUUACAUACAGUCAUACACAUACACACAAACAUAUAUAUAACACAUUUAUAUAUUUUUUAUCAAUUUGAUAAAAGAUCCCUCGGCCCGACAAUCAGCCGACGAUCGCCUGCCUGAUUGGAAACAUGAACUUCUUCUCCAAAAAACCUACGGCCAAAGAGGCUUUAAGGGAAAGCAAGCGAGAAAUGGCGAACGCGACUAGAGGUAUUUGUGCGCAAAUUCAACCCUACCGAUGCGAAAAGAAGCUUGUUGCCGAGAUCAAGAGAACUGCUAAAACAGGGAAUGAGGCAGCAACCAAAAUUCUUGCGCGCCAGUUAAUCAGGCUUCGGCAGCAAAUUUCAAACUUACAGGGUAGUCGAGCUCAGAUGAGAGGUAUAGCGACUCACACACAGGCAAUGUCUGCCAACACUUCUGUUGCUGUUGGCAUGGAAGGUGCCAGUAAAGCUAUGGCAGCAAUGAAUAAGCAAAUGGCCCCUACGAAGCAGGCGAAGGUGAUUCAAGAAUUCCAGAAGCAAUCAGCGCAAAUGGAUAUGACUACUGAAAUGAUGUCGGAUGCCAUUGAUGAUGCUUUGGAUAAUGAUGAGGCUGAGGAUGAAACUGAAGAGCUCACAAAUCAGGUGCUGGACGAAAUCGGUGUGGACAUUGCCUCACAGUUGUCAGCUGCUCCGAAAGGAAAAAUUGCAGGGAAAAACAGCGAGAGUGCUGGCAGUUCGGGUAUUGACCAACUAGAACAGAGAUUGGCCGCCCUCAGAAAUCCAUGACAACCAAAAUCAUGUUUUACUGCUGAGAAGACAUUGGCGUUUGUGUACAUAAUUGGCUGCUACUUCCCUCAGCACAACAUUUGCAUGUUUCUUUUUCUCGUUUAUUGUUUGGUCACACUUUUUUUACUGAAUUCUUGAGAAACCAUGGACAUGUUAGUUUGAUAUUCUUGAAUGGCUUGUUGAAAUUACUUACGAAAGUCGAUAAUAAUAAUGAUAAUAAUAAUGUUGAU